ACGAGACAGCCAAGUUGCGUUCCCACGUCGAGCCGCGUCCCGUUAAUGCGACAUUUCUAAGCAGUUUCCCGAGGCCCUUGAGGUCCUAGGGUCUUGUAACGUUGGGUAUGUAACAAUUAUUGACACGCAUGGGGAUGGCUUGAGACCGAAAACAUUGCAUUGCUGCCAAACUUGAAUCCCGGUUUUGAGUUUCUGAGGUUCAGCUUAAACGAUCAUCAGCCGGACGAGCCGGAUUUUGCAGCAUUUCGCUGAGGGGAAUAAUAUAAAGAGGGACGCUUGCUACAUCAAGUCGACAAUAACCUCAUCAGCUCGAACCGAAACACAGCCCCCUCCAUCCUUAUCGCAGAAGACCUCUUUCACGCAGAAACAGGAACCAACAUCAAAAGUUACAAUGUCUAGAUACGCCAGCGCCCACGUCGACCCUCAGGGCCCGGGAGAUGCGCGUCCCACCGCUCUCCAAAUCGUCGAGGACGAAGGCCUGAUCGGCAAGCUCGCCGGGAAAGUCGUCCUCGUGACGGGCGCCAACGCGGGCAUCGGCGCCGAGACGGCGCGUGCCAUCCACGCCACGGGCGCCACGCUCUUCCUCACGGCCCGAGACUCGGCCAAGGCCCAGCAGGCCGUCGACGGCGUCAGAAACGGACCUGGUCCCAAGUCCGGCGCGCCGAACCACGCCAUCGAGCUCCGCCUGGACUCCCUGGCCUCGGUCCGCUCGGCCGCCAAGGCCUUCCUGUCCAAGAGCGACAAGCUGAACCUGCUCAUCCUCAACGCUGGCGUCAUGGCCACGCCCGAGGGCAGAACGGAGGAUGGCUUCGAGACGCAGUUUGGGACCAACCACUUGGGGCAUUUCCUGCUCUUCCAGCUGCUGAAGCCUGCGCUGCUUGCGGCCACAUCCCCCGAUUCCGAGUUCCAGUCUCGCGUCAUUUCGCUCUCGUCUCUGGCCCACCAACUCGGCAAAGUACGUCUUGAUGACUUCAAUUUCGAGAAGGAGGCCUACCAGCCCUGGACUGCAUACGGACAGUCCAAGACAGCCAACCUCUACUUUGCGAGCGAGCUCGAGAGACGCUACGGGUCCAAGGGACUGCAUGCCCUCUCUGUGCAUCCGGGCGUCAUCGCCACCGGCCUUUUCCAGUAUCUCCCGCAGGAGCAGUUGGAGAUGUUCACAAAGGACGAAUCGAUGCAGAAGAGAAUGAAGAAUAUUCCACAGGGCGCGGCGACCACGGUCUACGCUGCGUUGAGCAAGGAAUGGGAGGGCAGGGGCGGCAAAUAUCUCGCCGACCUUGUGGAGGAGGGCCCGGCUCCCGAGUCGGAGCACGGCCGCUCUGGGUACGCGCCUUGGGCUUAUGACGAGGACGCAGCGAAGGAGCUUUGGGAAAAGUCGAACAAGCUUGUGGGCUUUGAAGAGGACUGAUGGCAAGGCAUCAGAGGCAAGUGGAUGCUGACUUAUGAAUUGACGGCUUGUAUAUUUUUCGGUCAGAAAGUGGCGGUGGUGUUCUCAUCUUACUACUAUUCACACCUUUGUUGAAAUAGCUUUCAGUUGAAUCAAUUUCACCAUUU